UCGACUUCCGUAUAAACAAAUAUGAGGUGAUAACCACGCGUUCAUCAGCUGUUGCUGUUACCACCAGGGAGUGUUGUGAUCGUCGGGACUAAUUAACGCCGGCAACUGGUGUCACUUGCUUUUUAUUCAAUCAUGGGAGACAUAACAGUUUCUGCUCCCGGAAAAGUAAUUUUGCAUGGUGAACAUGCUGUUGUUUAUGGAAAGGUUGCGAUUGCCGCAAGUCUUAAUCUGCGGACAUACUUGCGGAUGAGAAGAGGUACAGACAACUUAAUCAGCCUCGAUCUCCCGAACAUCGCCAUCAAGAAGUCCUGGACUACUGAUGGCAUCAAGUCACAGGUUUCCCUGCCGCUGUGUGAUCCAAACAAGCCAGUGGGAGUUUCCGGAGAACUUCUGACAAAGUUAAAAGAUAUUGCUGGUGUAGACCAACACGAAUCUGACACCAAACAGUUGGCUGUGAUAACAUUCUUGUAUCUGUACUGUGCACUAGCGGCCCACAAGGGCACUCUACCAGCUAUAGGUCUGAAGGUGGUGUCCGUCCAGCCGGUCAGUGCUGGCCUGGGGUCGUCGGCCUCCUUCUCCGUGUGUCUGGCGGCCAGUCUGCUGCAACUGUCCGGGAUCAUCUCCUCCCCAGCAGGAGACGAAGUGUGGUCGGAGGCGGAGCGCGAUCUCAUCAACUCUUGGGCAUUCUUUGGGGAGAAGAUAUUGCAUGGAAACCCUUCAGGGAUAGACAACUCUGUCAGCACCUACGGUGGAGCAAUCAAGUUUAAGUCAGGGAAGAUUACGCCACUGUGUAGAGUGCCGAAGCUGCAGAUCCUGCUGGUGAACACCGGAGUUCCAAGAAGCACAAAGGUCCUGGUAGCUCGGUGCAGGGAGCGAUAUCAGAAGUACCCAGACAUUAUCGAGCCGGUCCUGAAGUCUAUAGAGGCCAUAUCCCACCGGUGUGAGGAGGUGCUCGCCGAGUUGGCCGACUCCCCCUCCACAGAUCUGUAUGAAACACUGGAGGAUUUGAUUGACAUCAACCAGCACCACCUGGGAGCACUGUGUGUGAAUCACCCUGCCUUGGAGGAGAUUGUGAGGACAGCGGCCAAGUAUGGCCUUCACGCCAAGCUGACGGGGGCCGGGGGAGGAGGGUGUGCCUUCAUCUUCAUCAAACCAGACACUCCAUUGACAACACUUGCAGACAUUAAAUCAGAAUUUGCGUCCCAGAAGUUAUCGUGUUGGGAGACGAGCGUGGGAUCUCCCGGUGUCACUGCACAUAGUGGGGACGAUGGGCACCUGAAGCAGCUCUUCUCAUGACGGGGCUAACGUGGGUCAGCCUGGUACAUGUUGUACAGAACCACGUUCCAAACUAUUUAAAUAAUUUGAAAUCAUUGUAUGAAAGGUAUUUUCAUUUUCAACACAAAGUUUUUCAGGUAUGGCAGUGAGGUGAGGUGAAAUGGGGUUUAAUGUCGCGUCCAAGAUUAUUGCACUCUUAUAGCGACGUGCAUGUACGUGUGUGUGUGUGUGUGGCUGCUUGUACUAGUCCGGACUGAUGCCGAUUU